AUGGGGGACAAUCUCGAGGAGCGAUUGAAGAGCCACGCGCGGGCAUUCGAAGGGCUCAUGUCCUUGAUACCCGCAAAGGAAUACUACGGAAAGGACGAGAGUAUCACCAGCACGCAAUGGCAAAAGAGAGGAAAGAAGCAAACCCUCGAAGAACGACAGGCUGCCAAGCGUGCGAAGCUGGAUCCUGCCUCCCACAAAAGCGCCAAAGAUGUCAUGGAUGAGAACGCGCUGAAGCGGAAACGUGAGUUGGAGGGUGAUGCCGACACGGAGGUUUCCGAGGCCGAGUCGUCCGAUCUUGACAUGGACAUCACAAAGGAGAGGCCCCUAGAGGGAAUCAAAAGCAAAGCAAAGAAGCAGAAAACUCAGCCUGUCGAGUCAGAAGAUAACAACGACGAGACUGCCGAGACACGGGCCUUGUCAAAAUCUGAAGCCAAAGCUGCGGCUAAGGCAGAGAAGCGGAGAGAGAAGAGAAAGGAGAAGCAGGAGAAGAACAAGCAGAAGUUGGAGGCAAAGAAGAACAAAAAAACAGCGUUCGAAGGCCUCGUCGCCACCAAAGAGGCCAAGGAGGACCAGGACCACGACGACGCCGAGGAAGAAGAGGAUGAUGACAACGCGGCUGCUGACGACUUUGAAAAUGAAGACGACGAAAUCGAAGCACUGGACGUCAGCGGUCUUGUCGAAGAGGGUCAGUCUACAGCUCCAUCCACUGCUGCCAAUUCCAACUCCUCCACUGCUUCUGUCGCCUCGGCCAGCUCAUCAGCAUCGUCGAUACCCCAAUCAACUGAAGAGGCGUCGCAAAAGAAAGCCAAGAAGCCUUACACCAUUGAUCCAAAAAGUCAUGAAAACUUCCGCGCGCGAUUGAAUGCAAAGCUAGAAGCCAUGCGCGCGGCACGGAAGGCUGACGGUCCGGACGGACGGCCUGCCCGGAACCGAGCGGAGCUCAUUGAAGCACGGCGGAAGAAGGAGGCCGAGCGAAAAGCUGCUAAGAAAGCUCUUCGUCAAGAAGCAAAGGAUGAUGAAGCUCGCCGGCAAGCAGAAGAACAAUUAGCACGCAUAAGAGGCGGCUCGGGCUCCCCUUCUAUCUUCCCGGCCAGAUCACCAGAGGUUGAACGUAACUUCAAUUUCGGCAAUGUUGCUUGGGACGGGCAACACCUGGACCCAAAUCUUUCUGGAUUCUUGCAGUCAAGAAAAAAGAAGGGCAAGUCAGACAGCAAGACAGCCCUUGAAGCUGCACAGAAGAAGCAAGCCCGUAUUAAUGCGCUUGAUGAGGAUAAGCGUAAGGACAUCCAAGAGAAGGAGCUAUGGCUCGCUGCAAAGAAGAGAGCACAAGGAGAAAAGGUAUUCGACGAUGUAGGCCUUCUCAAGAAGAGUCUGAAGCGCCAGCAAAAACAAAAGGAUAAGAGUACGCAGGAAUGGAAAGAAAGGAUUACCAAUGUGGAGCAAGGCAAGGCGGCGAAGCAGAAGAAGCGUGAGGAGAACCUCAAGAAGCGUAGGGAGGAGAAGGGACAGAAGAAGGGGAAAAAGAAGGUCAAGAAGCCUGGCAAGAAAGUCAAGCGGCCAGGCUUUGAGGGCACCAUGAAGGCACGAUAG